GCCCGGGCAGGUGUGGACGCGAGGGGAGCGGAGGGGAGGCCUCGCCUGGCCCACCUUCCUCCUGCCCUUCUACCAUGUGGCCCUUCCCAAGCCGCUCGCUCUUUCCGCCCCCAACUCAGGCCUGGCUCCAGACGGUCUCCUCAGACCCAGAGGCCCAGGGCUGGGGGGCCUGGAACGAGACCAAGGAGACUCUGGGGCCAGAGGGUGGGGAAGGGAAGGAGGAGGAAGAGGAGGCAGAGGAAGACCAGGAUGGGGAUGCAGGCUUCCUGUUGUCUCUGCUGGAGCAAGAGAACCUGGCUGAGUGCCCAGUGCCUGACCAGGAGCUGGAGGCCAUCAAGAUGAAGGUGUGCGCCAUGGAGCAGGCCGAGGGGCCGCCAUGGUCUCUGGGAGCACAGCGCCAGGCCAAGGAAGAGGAGGGGCUGCCACAGCCUCCGGGAGUGCAGCACCAGGCCGAGGAAGAGGAGGGCACCAUGGCCGGGCAGCUGCUGAGCCCUGAGGCCAUGGGCUGCCCCCUCCCUGCGACCCCCGAGGAGAAGGUGGAGGCUGACCACAGAUCUGUCUACGUGGGCAACGUGGACUACGGGGGCUCUGCCGAGGAGCUGGAGGCCCACUUCAGCGGCUGCGGGGAGGUCCACCGAGUCACCAUCCUGUGCGACAAGUUCUCUGGACACCCCAAGGGUUACGCCUACAUAGAGUUUGCCACCAAGGGCUCCGUGCAGGCCGCCGUGGAGCUGGACCAGAGCCUCUUCCGGGGCCGGGUCAUCAAGGUGCUGCCAAAAAGAACCAACUUCCCUGGGAUCAGCUCCACAGACCGCGGGGGCCUUCGAGGACACCCAGGCUCCAGGGGGGCACCGUUCCCCCUCAGCGGCCUCCAGGGCAGGCCCCGGCUCAGACCACGAGGGCAGAACCGGACCCGUGGAAAAUUCUCACCAUGGUUUUCACCAUAUUAAAGGGGAAGGCCUGAUUUUGAGAGAGGGGCUGGGGGCUGGGUCAGGA